GCACCACAAGAACACCAAGGAUCAGCGAAUACUACAGAGGAUCACCGUGCACCUGGUGACUCUAAUACUACCCAGGAGCCAUCUCCUGAAGGUGCGACUUCCACAGAUGGUUCACAAGAGAAUACCAAUACUGACUCAACGACAACCACCACCACAACAACAAUAACAACAUUUCCUCCUGCCAACGCAGUCUCUGAAGGAAAUGGCGAUGCUUCUGCAGCCACCACCAACAACAUUAACAGCGAAGCACCAACCAACUCUUCAUCUCCAUCUCCUGUACCUAACGCAAAGAUCAGCACCAACACCAUCGCUCCCACUAUGCAGAACAAUAAGGGUAACGCUGACAGCAGUGUCAGUCCUGUGUGGAUGCGCACUGCAGCACCGCUACUGAUUGUGGCGUUGUUGUUCUCUGCCACUGUGUACUGA